AUAAAUCAUACAUCAAUGUUUUAAAAUGGAUAACUCAUAAUGUGCAUCAGCACUAAUAUUAAUACCCAGCUCUCUCUUUGCGACCCAUCAUCCACAAUCACUUUCUCUUUUCUGUUCAUUCAUUUUAAAAUCAAAGGUAGACAUGGCAGGAGAUUCAUAUGAGGAGGCUAUUGCAAACUUGACGAAGCUUCUAAGGGUGAACACUGAUUUCACAGAUUUCGCCACCGCAAAAAUCAAGCAGUUGACGACGGAGCUGGUGGCUGCUGAGUUGGAGCCUUUUAACCCAGAUGAGAGGAUUCGAACUGGAUUCAACCGUUUCAGGAAUGAAAAUUUUCGGCAAAAUCUAGAAUUAUAUAGUCAACUUGCCAAAGGCCAGAACCCAAAGUUUCUGGUUUUUGCUUGUUCAGACUCAAGAGUUUGCCCAUCCCAUAUUCUGGAUUUCCAACCUGGUGAAGCCUUUGUUGUCAGAAACAUUGCCAACAUGGUUCCACCAUAUCACAAGACCAAGCAUUCAGGAACAGGAGCUGCCAUUGAAUAUGCGGUCAUACAUUUAAAGGUGGAGAAUAUUGUUGUCAUUGGACACAGCAGUUGUGGAGGUAUAAAGGGCCUCAUGUCUAUCCCAGAUGAUGGGACCAUUGUAAGUGAUUUCAUAGAACAUUGGGUCCAAAUUUGUAGUGCAGCAAAGUCCAAAGUUAAAGAAGAAGCAAACGAAUUAGAUUUCUCUGAGCAGUGUACCAACUUGGAGAAGGAAGCUGUUAACGUAUCUCUUGGGAAUUUACUGACUUAUCCAUUUGUGAGAGAAGCAGUUGUGAAGAAAACUUUGGCUUUAAAAGGUGCACAUUAUGAUUUUGUUAAGGGAGCAUUUGAGCUUUGGGAUAUAGAGUUCAAAAUUUCAUCCUCACUGUCCUUUUAAGCUGCAACAACAACACAUGAUGUACAUGAUUCAUCAAGUCAAGUAUUUUAUUUACUUUACUUUACAUCCCAAAAAAUAAGCAUAGACUUAAGAAAAUAUUUGUCUAUAUUGUGCAUUCUAUAUAGUUUUUGGUAUGGAAUGGUUUCAUUUGGUAAUCUUUUAGAAUAACCUACCCAUGAUAUUGGGUGUCAGACACAUUUGUGAAAUUUGAAUGAAUUAUCAAGUUAUAUUUUUGUUUUUUUAUUAAAGCUAUUCAAUUUUUU